CACGGCAUUUUUCUCUGUGGGGUAACGUACCACAAGCCAUUGCGUUUGGCAACUCAGGCGGACUCCUCGUUGCUAGGGGAAAGAGUCGCACACAACCAUAAUAUUGAAGCCGGAGCUCGGUGGGGAGAACUGCGUUUUUAUCACAGCCAAUGCCACAGCUGGCCUCACAGAUAACGGUACAAGUUUGGGGGAAAACGGCGAAUUGGCGGUAAGUGCGCGUGGAGAUGGAGCGUAAACCGUCGGCAGUCUCCUCGAGGGCCCGUUAGGAAAAGCAGUGGUCGGUUGGAUGGAGGCCUGCCCUAGGAAUUCCUGCUUUGCGUGAGUGCUGUUAGCAGGUGUCCGCAUGCAAUAUCCCGCCAAGAGAGGAUUAACCCGAGGAGGAUGAACCGCUACACUACGCUGAGACAGCUGGGCGAUGGCACGUACGGCAGUGUGCUCAUGGGGAAGAGCAAUGAGUCAGGGGAGCUUGUGGCUAUCAAACGAAUGAAGAGAAAGUUUUAUUCGUGGGAAGAAUGCAUGAACUUGAGAGAAGUCAAGUCACUCAAGAAGCUGAAUCAUGCCAAUGUUGUGAAACUAAAGGAAGUUAUCAGGGAGAAUGACCACCUUUACUUCGUCUUUGAAUAUAUGAAGGAGAAUCUCUACCAGCUUAUGAAAGACAGGGAAAAUAAGCUGUUCAGUGAACAUGAGAUUAGGAACAUCAUGUUCCAGGUGCAGUCCGGCUUGGCCUUUGUGCACAAGCAUGGUUUUUUUCAUCGAGAUAUGAAACCAGAGAACCUCCUCUGCAUGGGCCCGGAGCUAGUGAAAAUCGCAGACUUUGGGCUGGCAAGGGAGAUUCGCUCUCGUCCACCAUACACAGACUAUGUCUCCACAAGAUGGUACCGGGCUCCAGAAGUACUCCUCCGGUCCUCUGCCUACAGCUCGCCCAUCGACAUGUGGGCCGUGGGCUGCAUCAUGGCUGAACUCUACACCCUCCGCCCUCUGUUCCCCGGCAACAGCGAGGUGGACGAGAUCUUCAAGAUCUGCCAGGUCCUCGGGACGGUGAAGAAGACUGACUGGCCAGAAGGCUACCAGCUUGCUGCUGCGAUGGACUUCCGCUUCCCACAGUGUGUUCCCACCAACCUGAAAACACUGAUCCCCAACGCCAGCGACGAGGCUUUAUCGCUAAUGAGGGACAUGCUGCAGUGGGACCCCAAAAAGCGACCCACGGCAGUGCAGACCCUGAGGUACCCUUACUUUCAAGUGGGGCAAGUGCUGGGCCCCCCCUCCCAGCACCAGCAGGAUCAGAUGCGGAUGGCCCAGGCCUCGGAGAUGAAACGCCUCUCCUUGUGCAAGUCGGACCUGCAGUCGGCCUCCGAGCCCGCCAUCAAGUUCCAGGCUGAGGCUGUGGACAGAGACUACCACCCACACCACCACCAACACCAACACCACCCCCACCAACCACACCCCCUGCAGCAGAUUCCGCUGCCUCAGGUCUACGCCAAGACGGCCCCGCAAGCAGACAGCUACAAGCAGGAGCCCUUCGUGCGACACGGCUUCAACACCAACUCGUUACCGAGGCAUGCUCCAGGGGGGGACGAGAAUAGCCUGUUGGGCAUGAGGAGUGGGCGGAGGCGAUGGGGCCAGACCACGGUGAAAGCCUUGGACAGCUGGGACCAGUUUGAUGAAUCUGAAGUCACGGGGGUGUCCUACUCCAAAAGGCCCAGCAUAGUCUCUUUCAAAGAGAGACCCAGAGCGGAUUCCAUCUAUCGGCUCACGGAGCCAAAGCCUGUCAGUAUCAACAGUGCUGCGACCAAGGUACAGAGCAACAGCAAUGUCAACCGGGCUGACUCUGGAGUUUCAGGGUCUUCUUCAGCCAGACAGCACUACUUUCGACAGUCAAGAUAUCUUCCUGGGGUGAUCCCCAAGAGUACACCUUUGGUUGUGAACAAGGAACCAAGCAGAGAUCUAUGGGACAACUCGGUUUUAAUAAACAAGCCGCACGGACAUGUUGGAGCUGGGCUGUCUGUUUCCAGGGUCAAUGCAGGGAACUUUGUAACAAACUACCCUACUGGAGGUUAUAUUCCAUCCUUUCAAAAGAAAGAAGUUGGAUCUGCAGGACAAAGGAUCCAUCUUGCACCUCUAGAAGGCCAAUCUGCAAUAGACCUUUCACCCACAGCUGAUCUUAGAAACGACAAACUGAGUACAUCAAAGCUAAAGUCCACUGUGAAUAAAGCCUUGGUUGAGAGAAAUGAAGAAUAUGAAGGGAGGAAGAGUAAGGGUGCAAGAUCUCAAAUCUCAGGAAUGGGCUUUGCGACACUUGGGAGAAACUCUGGCAGCCUUACGACCAGCCCAGGACCUAUUCAGUCCGUGCAUGGGAGGACAGACUGGGCAGCCAAAUAUGGAAACCAUCGGUAGCACAUCCCUCCAUUCACUGUGUUUAACCAUAGACACAUCACACACAAGUGAUGUACAACAUAGAGACUGCACUAUGCCAGGAAAACCUGAUUCUGUGAGCUUUGCCUUGAUGCCGCCAUGAAUCAUUGGCGUACCAACAUACACUCAACAGAGUGCAUGGCACGUUAUGAAGUAUAUCGUAUUUUCACAUUGAUAUUUUUAUUUAUUGUUAUUUUACACGUGGGACUAUAAAUUAAAUUUACUGUCUUGGAAAUCAUGGCAGGUCUAUUUCAGUUUUAUCAAGGUAGACUUGAUCCAAGCAUACCAACACAAAUUUUCAUGAACACACACCCCAAACAGCACCAGUUGUGAUAUCAAACCUAUUCUGAUAUCUUUUUUUUGUGCAUUUGUGCGCAGUCAAUAUUAUGGUUUCCUUUCCUCACCCUCCUCUGUCUGAAAUUUAAAAGUCAUUCAGCACUUCGAUAGAAUUUGUCUCCAGGUGAUUUAAUCAACCAGAACCAAGCAGGGUGAAUAUAUAAAAAAUAAAAUAAAAUUGUAACAAGGUUCCUCAGAUUUCUUAAUUAAAUUGGAUAUAUUAACAGUAAAAUCCUAAAAUGUGCAACCUUUUCUCUCAGUAAGACAUUGACCCUCUGUUUUUAAGAUUGUAUGCCAGACACAGGAUGAAAUGUAUCCUUCAGCACUACCAUAGUAGGGUUCACCAUGCCACACAGCUCCUUUCCCAGUGUUCAGAUUCAAGUUAGGAAGUUUUGAAUUUAAGGAAGAAGAAUCUGUUCCAUUAAGUUCCAAGUGUUGAAUAACCUCAGGAUUUCCUCAGUAUGGUAAAACUGAUUUUAUAAUCCAUCCAAACAAUAAUUAAGCAACUGCCAAACUCCAGCGCUGUUGAUCAGCUUCUAAAUAUGUAUUUCCCACUACAGAAAUUGGAAUGGUAAUGGGGGAAAAAAAUAAUACAAUUUUAAAUAUAUACACAACAUUUGUGUCCCACGUGUGCUUUGCAAAUCUGAUUCACUCAGGGAUUCCUAAUGGGUCUUUGGGAUUCUACAUGUAUAUCUAGGCAGAGAUCUAGUUCAGAGUUCUCCUGUUCACUGUACCCCAGCAUAUUGAUCUGUAUUGAUAAUUGUUCUGUCUAUAGUAAUCAGCUUGGUGUACUACUGGUUUAAGAUGUAAUUGCCAUUCAUGUAUGCAUUUAAUUUUACACAGCAAUAUUUACUGACGAAAGUUCCUUUUGUGUAUUUAUUUUAUAUUUAUCUUGAAUAUUAAAUAACAAUGGCCAUAAA